UUCACUGUAAACACGUUUUUAAAGGGCAGUGACGGGUCGGUGUCGGGUUUCCUCUGUGUGAUCUUUGGACCCUAGUUACGAGUAUCAGGCAUUCCAUCUAUGUUUAACUUCGUGGUCAGCUAGAUUGCACGUGACAAUUAUUAGGUUAAAGUUACGUUACCGCGAACACUGUUAAAGAUGUGGUAGUAGCAUGGAGCUUCAGGACAUUCUCUCAUUUGAGGGCUUCCAAGAAAUCUGGGGGGUCUACGGGUAUGACAAUGACUUGCCGGAGAUGAUCGAGCGGGAGUUCAGCAGAAUAAAAGGUUUUACUUACCUCGACCAUGCUGGAACAACACUAUUCCCUGAAUCACAGAUCAAAGCAUUCUACAAAGACCUCACCAGAAAUGUAUAUGGCAAUCCCCACAGCCACAAUCCGAGCAGCCGACUGACACAUGAUACAGUGGAACAUGUCAGAUACAGGGUGCUGGAGCACUUCAACACCAGCCCAGAGGAGCACACCGUCAUCUUCACCUCCGGCUGCACGGCGGCGCUCCGCCUGGUGGCUGACAGCUUCCCCUGGAGCUCCACUGGAGGUGACGACGGAGGGCCGGGCAGCCUCCUCUGCUACUUGACCGACAACCACACCUCGGUGGUGGGCAUCCGCGGGGCGAGCAGCCGGCUGGGCGUGACCUGCCUCCCCGUCUCCCCGCACGAGGUGGAGACUCGGGCUAGCCACUCACCCCAGGUGACCCCUCCGGCACCGGCAUUCACCGGAGAACCCUCGCCCCAUCACCUCUUCUGCUACCCAGCUCAGAGCAACUUCUCGGGCAGGAAGUACCCUCUGAGCUACGCGAGGGGCAUCCAUACGCGGCGCCUGUACCCGGCGUGCGACAGGCCAGGUCGAUGGCUGGUUCUCCUGGACGCCGCCGCUCUGGUCGGCUGCUCAGGCCUGGAUCUGCGGGAGUGCCCGGCCGAUUUCAUCCCUGUCUCCUUCUACAAGAUGUUCGGCUUCCCCACCGGAUUAGGCGCCUUGCUGGUGCGGAACGAGGCCGCGGCACUCUUGCGAAAGGGCUACUUUGGCGGAGGCAGCACAGCGGCUUACCUGGCCUCAGACGGGGAUUAUUUUGUGCCCAAGUCAAGUGUGUCCAGCAGGUUUGAAGAUGGCACCAUCAACUUUCUGGAUAUCAUUGCGGUCCAUCAUGGCUUUGAGGCCCUUCACAGGCUAACAGGAGGAAGCAUGGUGUGCGUCCAGCAGCACACGUUUGGUCUGGCGCGCUACACCUACGCCAUGCUCUCCAGCCUGCUGCAUAGCAACGGCCGGCCGCUGGCCCGCAUCUACUGUGACAAUGAGUUCCAGGAGCCGGCCACCCAGGGACCCAUCCUCAACCUCAACCUGCUAGACCACCACGGAGAAGUGGUCGGCUACUCUCAGGUGGACAAGCUGGCCAGCCUAUUUAAUAUCCAUGUGCGCACUGGCUGCUUCUGCAACACGGGGGCCUGCCAGUCCUUCCUGGGCAUCAGCAAUCAGGCAGUGAAGGAUAACCUGGAGGCUGGCCACGUCUGCGGAGACGAUAUUGACCUUGUCGACGGUCGGCCCACUGGCUCGGUGCGCGUCUCAUUUGGAUACAUGUCCACGUUUGAGGACUGCCAGAGAUUCCUGACGUUCGUCGUGAACUGCUUCGCGGAUAAGCCGUUUAGGGUGGACGAGGCGCGGCUGGCCAGGCUGAAAUCGGCCUCCGCCUCCGCCUCCGUGGGGGAUUCUCACGGAGGAGGAGGGCCUCUGUCCAACGGCGGACACCUCGGUGGCGAGACGGACCACCGGCGGGGAGAAGCAGAUCCCUUUUUCAUUUCAAGCUCGUGCGGAGAAGAGAUUAUUGUCCAAAGUCCCCAAGGAGCCGAGCAGGGGAGACAUAAUAAUAGCCACACACUGACUAAUAUAUUUAUAUACCCCAUCAAGUCCUGUGCCGCAUUUGAGGUGAAAGAGUGGAGCGUGGGUCCUGUGGGCCUGCUGUAUGAUCGCGUGUGGAUGGUGGUGAACGAGAACGGGGUGUGUCUGAGCCAGAAGAGGGAGAGCAGGCUGUGUCAGAUCCAGCCGCAGAUCUCGCUGGCCUCCAAUGCCCUCCGCAUCAGGGCUCCAGGCAUGAAAAGCAUGAGCGUGCCCCUGGGGAACUGGAAAGAGCUUCAGGCCUCAACUCAGAGGACUUGCCAGAGCAAAGUGUGUGGAGACAGGGUACAGACAGUAGAUUGCGGAGAUGAAGCUGCCGCUUGGUUCUCCGAGUUCCUUGGAAAGCCUUGUCGCCUUAUCAAACAAAACCCCGACUUUAUCCGUAACAUGAAAAAGGCUUCAAAAAACGUAGGAGACUGCCCUGCCGCUGGUCUCUCCCUGGUGAAUGAGGCCCAGUACCUGCUCAUCAAUGCAGCCAGCGUGGAAAUGUUGCGCCUGCAAAUUGCCAACCGACGGGACGACUCAGGCAUCCCUCAGCCAAUCAGCACCCUACAGCUCACAGCCCGCUUCCGGGCCAAUUUGGUGGUGUCCGGCUUGCAUCCUUUCGAGGAGGACGACUGGUCCGGUUUAACGAUAGGCCACACCAAGUUCCGGGUGGUGGGCCCAUGCGGCAGAUGCCAAAUGAUUGGCAUCGAUCAGGAGACUAGCUCCCGCAGCCAGGAGCCGCUCAAGACGCUCGCUGACUGUCGCCAGUCCAAGGUCACCUUUGGUAUUUAUUUGCUACAUGACACGAUGGACAGCUCUGGCACAACUCUCACCACACUCUCCGUUGGGACUCCGAUAUAUCCAGAGAAAUCGAAAUUGCACGACUGCUGAUGGACUAUUUUAUUAUCAGAUUUGUAUAAUUUUUUUACAAAAAAUAUUUUUAAUAUCUAAUGUCUUUUAAUGUCAUAUUGUGUAUGAUAUAUUGAAUAUUGUGCCUUUUUGUGUGCUUGUACAAUAACCUGGACCAAUGUGACCUUGCUGCUCUGCGGAUCAGUCUAAAUGUAUUUUGGAUUUUAUUACGUCCGUCAAGGAAGUUACUGUAUGUGUUUUGGAUAUUAUUUUCUCUCUUACUGGUCAAGAGUUUAGUUGUUGACUAAUGGACUUCUUUGUGGAUCUGGAAGACAUUUCAUCUCUACACUAAGAUUCAUCCUGGGCUGCGUUUCCCAAAACUAUUUAAGUAGUAGGCCUACUUAAGCCUAAGCAGUACUUCAGCAUGCGAUGCCCCAAAGGCAAUAUACCGCAUCACUAAAAGUUCAUGCAUACAAUAAUUUCAUUGGCCUACAUACAAUAUUUUAUUGUAUAAAAUGCUUGCGCGAAGUGCACGUACAAGGUAAACUAGUGUAUUUAUAAACUUUUAGUGAUGAUGCGAGACCAAUUUCUGAUAUAUUGCCUAGGGGGGAACCUCAUACUUAAGUACUACUUAGGCUUAAGUACUUCAUAGCCCUGGUCAGAUCAAAACUAGGCAUGAAGAAAUGUCUUCGAAAGCGAGACAAAACACCUUCAAGCCUCAAAAGAUGUCCACAGUUGCCUACAACUAAACUCUUUUGAAUAUGAUGACCUGAAUGAAGCACAAUAUCCACAAGACAUCUUCUCUCUUAAAGGGUUUACAAUGGGUGUUGGUAUAUCAAGUGGACUUACACUUAAGUUUUUAGUUUAAACCACAACUGGUAUCAGUGUCCCAAUUUUAACACGACUCUGUAUGUCAUGCUCAACUCAACCUAAAAGUCGAACAAUUUUUUAAUUGAAGAUGUUAAACCCAUUUUACAGAUUUAAAAUCAUUGAAUAAGCACUGAGAUGUGAGGCUGUGUUGAAAACGAGUCUCACGUUUUAGAAUCACAUGAAUAAAUGAAGGAAUAAAUGAAUGAAUGAAUGAA